CUUACAAGUACACGUCAGUGAAUAGCCUACAGUGAUUCUUCUGUUUAGAACUGACCUGUACAGAAUCUGAAACUAAAAUCUGAAGCUAGUUCCUGUUCCAGCAAGCCCCAAUGCACCUAUCCAUGACGUUUCAAGGUGAAUACCAGAAACUCUGCUGUGAAAAGCAGGGGUUUUUUCGCAGCUUUGUAUUUACUGGGAAUGGAUUUGUUUAUUCUUGCGGUGGAACCUGUCGGUGCAGCGCGUUUGCCAACUGUUUGUUUUGCAAUAUCUUUUAUGUGAAAAGUGAAGGAUAACCGCCAGCGCCUGCCUUUGACAAAACUCGGAUCUCAGGAUUGAUCCGACUGAUGGAUGGUCAAAUGGCAGACACUACAAAAGAAGAAGUAGAUGGUGUAAAUGAGGUUGAUGACACAUCAGAAUUCGAUGUGGACGCAACCAAGGGUUUGAAAAAUGGUGGCGAACCGAUGGAAAGUCUAGUCAAAGAGAAGAGUCUUGGAGUCUUCAAGACAUUCAGAAGGAGUUUGAUAUUGCUCGGCCCUAAGACACAGAAAGACAAAAGGUCAGAAAAUACUGAUGACCAAAGCUCAAAUUCUCCAUUACAACCACCACACUCUCAAAAUUCUGCAGAUGAAACAACAGGUACACUGGCAAGAAGAACAUUAUCGUUUCGGCAGAGCUUGCGUCUGGGACCUAAAAAAUACAAACAAGAACCACUUAAACCUGUCACAGAGGCCAUGACUUUAUCUGAAGAGCAGACCGAGGUUACAAACACCGUGUUGGAGCUCAGAGACACAUAUACUCUGCCAGAGAUACCAUCUAUGCCUUUGUCAGUAAUGGAGAUUAACAGAAUGAUAGAGAAGGAACAUUUAGAGGAGGCCUAUGUGAAUCUACUGUCACUACGUCUGGAGCUUCAGCGGGAACAUAAAGCUCUGGAUCAAGAAGACUAUCCCAUCGAACUUGUCAAUAAAGAGAAAGACCUCAUUCUGCUCUAUGGCACACUAAGGAACAAAAUGUUUGCCAUUGUACACAACUCUAGUGAUGUUAACACACUCAAUAAAGAGCAGCUGGUGUAUGUGGCCACCAUUAUCCUGGAGGAAGAGAAGAGACAGGGAGAGCCAGGAGCGAUGCAGGGAUGGAUGGAAGCAUGGAGGGAUGCGGUACUAAACGUGGUUCGAGAUACACUGAAGAAAGUUCCUCUGGACAGCAGCGAGCAGAACACUUCCUGGUUGGCAGUGCAUCUGGGGCUUCUGGGUAAAGCUGUGGUGGAGGACUUGGGAAAAGUGAAGACUGAGCUUCUGAGCUCAUAUCCACCGGAGUUUAAUGUGUUUGAAACCUAUGUGUCCUGCCACCAUGAGGCUGUAGGAGAGCAUCUAAAGAGACUUCUGGAAAAGGUGACAGAGCUGAAAGAUUACUACGCUCUUCUAGAUUUUAUUAUUCAUCACUACCCCAGUGAGAAGAUAAUGGGAAGCAGCUCUCUGCUGCCUGAGUUAAAGGAAGAUCAGCGAGCACUCCCCCUGGACAAAGAUUUCCUUAAUCAGAUAAAAGACAAAUAUUGUGCGCGCUUACAGGCUGACAUGAAAACAUCACUCAACAGAAUCAUUGACUUGGAGAAUGAGGAAAUGUGGAGAGAAAAAAGAAAACCAGUGAUUGAUGAGGGAAUCUGCAGCUCACACAUUGACAUGGACAUCUGGACGAAUAUUAAAGGGCAUGUACAAGGAGCCAGAAGAAUCGAUGUGAACCUUGAGCAGAAGGUUGUGUGUUCCUGUUUAGAGGAACUGGAGACCUUUCCAAAACGGUUUGAGUCAGCAUUUGUUGAGUGGAGCAGUUCUCUCUCUAACUCCUUGCUCUGGGCAGAGUAUCACAUCAGCUAUAUCAACAGCUUUAGUGCCCUGAAAGAGCACAUGGAGAGCUAUAAAGACACCUGCCCGAUUCAGUUGGAGCUGGUUCAAGAAGAAAUAGAUAGACUGACCACCAGUUUGAGUCAAGCUGUGAUGGAGAACUUUAAAACAGACGUCAAGCCCUUCCUCAGGAGACAGAUGACACGGAAAUGGUUUUCAUUUGAUGAAGACUUUUCAAAGCUGAUCAGCAGAAUUAAGACCCUUUCUGAACAGAGCAAGUACAUGACCCCAAAACAUAAACAGGCUUUUGUGAAUGAAGCUCACUUUUUUGUGGUGAAAGAAUAUGUAUCUCAGCUGAUGAAGAAUAACUACUCAUGCAAAAACAGUAAGAAUGAGACAGCUUCCACUAAGAUGAAAAAUCAGUGGGAGGAACUGAAGGAAAUCUUCCAAGAUAUGAACUCUUCCUUAGAUUGGCUCCAUCCAGUUGGAAACCAGUUGAGCAAUAUCAUUGGGUGCAAAAAAAGUGAUGUAAUAUGUAACCUACAGCCAUUAGUUGAUAACUAUCCAGAUAUCGGGAAGGGUCAUCUUUCAGCUGUGCUGUACUUCCGAGGAAUUAUAAGAGGCAGGGAAAAGCAAACUAUACUACAGCGGCUGGCAGAGCUGAAACAGAGAACAGGGAAUACUGGGAAUAGAGAGCAGGCUCUCUUUAGUGAAAUUCAAGCUACGGUUAACACAGACUGCCUGGCUGGUACACCCUUUUCCUGUCUGUCCUUCAAUGUACCGGACAGCUAAUGCACUUCAUUUUAUUUAAAGCGGAAAUAAUCUUUGCACUGUUUGAAAACUAUCAUAUGUCUAAUUUAUGAGUAAUAAGGAAUGUUUUUAUUACUCUAUGAAUCCUUCAUAGUUAGGUCAAAACGUUGCCUUUUAGGGGAUAAAUAGAUGGAGUAAAGAGUAAAGUAAAUAUUUUUAGUGUGUUGUCAUCAUAUUAACAGGUGCAUCUAAAAAAAUAAUUAUUUUUUGUAAUUUAAUUUAAAAAAAGCUAAUUUUCUUACAUUCUAGAUUUAUUGCACACAAACCGAAAUAUGUCAAGAGUUUUUUUGUUUUAAUUCUGAUGGUUAUGGCUUACAGCUUAGGAAAAUUAAAAAAUAUAUAGUUUUAAUAUUAAAGUUUUAAUAUUUUCUAAAAGAUCAAUCAAAAAUGAUUUACAUAACAGAAAUGUUCAAGAUCUCCAAAGCAGAUUUAAUUAUGCAUUCAACACUUGGUCGUGGCUCCUUUUGCAUGAAUUACUGCUUCAAUGUGGCGUGGCAUGGAGGCGAUCAGCCUGUGACACUGCUGAGCUGUUAUUGAAGCACAGGUUGCUUUGAUGGCAGUCUCCUCUGUUUCAGCUCCUCUGUAUUGUUUGUCAGAAGUUACUUAUCUACUUCUUCACAAUACCCCAUAUAUUCGCUAUGAGGUUCAGGUCAGGUUCAGGCUGGCCAAUCAAGCACAGUAAUAUCAUAGUCAGCAAACCACUUGGAAGUGGUUUUGGCACUGGGGGCAGGUGCUAAAGUCCUACUGGAAAAGGAAAUCUGCAUCUCCAUAAAGCUUGUCAGCAGAUGGAAGCAUAAAGUGCUCCAAAAUCUCCUGAUAGAUGGCUGCAUUUGGACUUUGGACUUGAUAAAACACGAUGGAACAACACCAGCAGUUCACAGCACUCUGUGAACAGCCAGACCUUUCAGCAGUGAACUUCUGUGGCUUACCCUCUUUGUGGACGGUGUUGAUGAUUGUCUUCUGGUCAACUGUCAAGUCAAUAGUCUUUCCCAUAAUUGUGGUUGCAUGUUCUAAACUAGCCCGAUUUAUACCCAGUAUUUAAACUCAAAAUUAAUCAAACUAAUCAAGCUUAAAAUGGUAUGUUCUAAUUUUUUGAAAUACUGAAUUUUAUAUUUUCCUAUGCGGAGUUGUAAUCAUCAGAAUUCAAACAUAUAUAUAUAUAUUUUAGAUGCACCUGUAUGUCAUUUGUUAAUGUUAACUGAUAAUAAUAAUAAAAUACCUCUAGGCCUUGAAAUGUGGUAUUUCAGGAUGCCACAUCCUAGUCAAGAAGCAUUCACAAAAAUACAUGCCAGUUUCAGAAAUCCUCUACAAACUACUAUAAGCUCACAUUCAAUGUUGAAUUGGAUGUCUUUCAGAUUGUCUUCACUCAGAAAUUGCUUAUUACUGCUGUAAGUAGUAAUUAAGUCAAAUAAGUUUUAAAUGUUGUGAACCCUGUCAAUAUUUAUUAUCCUUCUGCACCACCAGAGGUCUCUAUAAACAACAAACAGCAGUGGACUUUCCAAUGUCUACAUGCAUUAUUAUUCUAAAUUACUUCUGGAUUUCAAACUUCCCUCUAGCGGUUGAAGUGUAAAACUUCAUGCUUCAUGCUACAUUAUAUAAUAAAACAUUAAAUAAUGUACCAUAUAUACAGAAAUAGAAGUAUAGGGAACAUUUUUAAUUGUUUAAAUAAAUGUACAAGUAUGUUAUUAGUGUGCAGAUAUGUUGUUUACAAAGUGUGCAAUUUAAUAUAAAUAGGUCAGAUAACCAUGUUAGUUGUGAUGGACGAUGUAUAAUAAUGAAGAUUAAUUUUUCAGGUUGAAUAAAGCCUGCGGGGAAAAAAAUGUUUUUGUGCCUGGCUGUUCUGGUGGUCAGUGCUCUGUAGCGCCGACCAGAAGGCAACAGUUCGAAGAGAAGGUAGGCUGGGUGUGAGGGGUCCAAAGUGAUUUUUUUUAGCCAUUUUCCUCACUCUGUUGAUGAUCUUGGAGGCUGUGCAGAGGGGCAUCAAUAAUCAAAAGUUGUAGUCUCUAGAUGUCUGAUUUGGUAGCUGCACCAAACCAGACAGUUAUGGAUGAACACAGGACAGACUCAAUGAUGGCAUAGUAGAACUGUUUCAGCAGCUCCUGUGGCAGGUUGUAUUUCCUCAGCUGGUGAAGGAAGUACAACCUCUGCUGGGCCUUUUUUGCGAUGGAGUCUAUAUGAGUGUCCCACUCCAGGUCCUGAGAGAUGGUGGUGCCCAGGAACCUGAAUGACUCCACAACAGUGCUAUCCAUGAUGGUGAGUGGAGACAGAGAGUGCAGGGGGGUUCCUGAAGUCCACUAUCAUCUCCACAGUUUUGAAAGUGUUUAGCUCCAGCUUGUUAAGACUGCACCAGACAGCCAGCUCUUUAACCUCCAGUCUGUAAGCAGACUCGUCUCCGUCCUUAAUGAGACCAAUGACUGUAGUGUCAUCUGUGAACUUCAGGAGCUUGACAGAGGUGUCCAUUGAAGUGCAGUCAUUCGUGUAGAGGGAGAACAGCAGUGGGGAGAGAACACAUCCCUGGGGGGCGUCAGUGUUGAUGGUACAGUAAUAGUCCUGGAUGUGAGUUUGCCCAGCCUAACUAUAGCUGCUGCCUGUCUAUCAGGAAGCUGGUGAUCCACUGACAGAUGGAGACCGAGGGCACGGAGAGCUGUAUGAGUUAUCAGUGGAUCGUCGAUGACAACAUUAAAACUUAGCCCCACUCUAGUAAAUAAAUAAAUAUAUCUAUUUUUGAAAGAAAUAUCAAUGUUUGAAACAUAUCUUGAGCAAGAAAGCAACGUAUAUACCUUUUGUUGAGAAAAGUUGAAAAAGCAAUGCUGAUGACAACAAUUGCUAUUCAUAUCAGAAACGGUAAAACGACGAACACUAUUAAGUUGCUAGUAGGCUAUUUUAAUAAUAAAAAAAUAUUGAUUUGUAAAGCAAUUUUGUGUUUUAUUAUGAGUACUGUCAUUUUCCCUGGCCUUUUGCUUUCAAAUUCUUUCAGGGGUAUAUUUGUUGCAGCUUCACGCUAGUAACAGCUUAGUAGCCUGACCUUCUGUCCUUUAUUAGCAGGUCACUGAUUCUUGAGACAUGGGACAAAACAUGUCUAGCAACUGUACCUGCUAUUAGGUU